AUGGACCUCCACCGCUCCUUCAAGAUGGACAGCCCCUCCUACCUGCCAGCUCCUUUGGCUUCCCCCGCCCUAAUGGUCCUCGCCUCUACCGCUGAGGCCGGACGAGAUGCCUCCGUCCCCUGCCAAGCGCCCAGGCCCUUUGGUGUCCCUGGCUCCAUGGAGAAAGACCUCCACCUUCCCUUCCCCUCUGCCUCCUACACUUUCACCUCCAUGUACCAGCGCCAGGGCCCCAUGUCAGGCACCUUCCCCACCCGAGACUUCCCAGCCUCCCUGCUCCACCUGCAUCCCCAGUUCACCGCACCAAAUCUGGACUGCUCCACCCUGGGCAUGCUCAACCACAGCGGAGUGGGUGCCUUCCGACCUUUCUCCUCCCCGCAAGACGAGAGGGAGACAGUUGGUUACCACUCGGCUUUCACCCCUGCCAAGAGGCUGAAAAGCUGCUUCUCGGAUGUGGAGGGGAAGGAGUUUGACUUUGGCUCCCCAGGAGGCUCCCUCAAAGCUGGGGAGGACUCAGGGAAGAAGCUGUUCUCCAUGUCCGGCCUUCUGUCUGAUGGGGAAGCUUCAUCGAGCCCAGAGGAGCGCAAAGAGCACACCAAGGUGAAGGGUCUAUUUGACGCUCAGGCCCCAAUGUGUCCAGUGUGCCAGGCUGUUUUGCGACCAGGAGAGCUGCAGGAACACAUGGAGCAGGAGUUAACCAAACUUGCCCAGCUACAAAUCAGUGCCACUCCAGUGCAGCACAACCACCUCAUAAGGACGCCAAAGUCUCUUUCACUCUCUCUGCAUAUUAAAUGUGAAGGAGGUUCUCCCACCUCACCUCUUCGACCGGCUGAGGACACCCACUCUGAUCGAUAUCAGACGUUUCUCCGUGUACGAGCCAACAGACACACAAGACUAAAUGUCGAUGACCUCUGCUGGUGCAGGUGCUACGUCAAAUCUGCCCCAUUACGCCCCCACAGCGCAGGAGCCCACCUAGACUGCACACAAGCUGUCAGGAUUGGCAAACUGAAGAGAAGGAAACCAGAGGAGGAGGGCUCUGCUGACUUGGUGCCAUUGGAGGAUGAGUGGAAUGAGAGGAGAAGGAUACAGAUGACGUCUAUAGUUGGAGGGUUUAAAGGUGCAAUGCUUGUGAGCACAACAUCUAAGGAGUGUCGGGACAGCGAUGCAGACCUAGACGUGGAUGGAGAUGAUACUCUGGAGUACGGCAGAGCACAAUACACAGAGACAGAUGUGAUCCCCUGCUCAGCAGAAAACUCCAAGGAGACAACAGUGAACAGCAGUACAUUGCCGGACUCCAGAGUCAACCUAGACUUUUCCAAAUGGUCAAAUGAAGGGAGUCCAUCAACCAGUACUGGAGAGAAACUGGACGGCAGUGUAGCUGGUCUCCUCAAAACCUGCAAAAACACAGAGAUAGAGACGCUCUCAGAGGACUCCACGCUGACAACUCUGGAUGCACUUAAAGCUCGGAUACGAGAUUUGGAGAAACAGUUGUCUAAAGGAGACAGAUUUAAAUGCCUCAUCUGCAUGGACACGUACACGACCCCUCUCACCUCCAUCCAGUGCUGGCAUGUUCACUGUGAAGAGUGCUGGCUCCGGACGCUGGGAGCAAAAAAGUUGUGUCCUCAAUGCAACACCAUCACCUCACCUGGAGAUCUGAGGCGAGUCUACCUGUGACACUGCCACUCAUGAGAGAUCAGAGGAGGGUCUUUUUCUGUUUUAGCCAAUCAGGGAUGGACUUGUGGGCAGCUGGCCUGUCAUAGACUCCCACCCUCCUCCUCCUUCUUCUUCUCCUCACACCUACCUGGUCCCACAUGUUCCUCAGUAUGCUCCUAACAUCCACUAACUCCCCCGACAAUUUGAAAAGCAGCAAGUGUGACCUUUGACCUUCCUUGUACAAUACCCAU